AACCAUUUCCCUCUCUUCGCUCUCCGUGCAACGAGAUGUUCUCGCCAGGAACGAAGAGACUGAGCUCGAGCUUGCGUGGACGCGUCCGGAACGCCCCCGAUUCGCCAUUGACUCCGGUCUCCGAGAACCAACUCCCUCACCGGCCGAGCACCGGCACUCCUGCUCCGUGGGCUCCUCGCUUGUCCGUUCUCGCCAGAAUUCCAGCAGGGAACAAAGUCAACAAAGAUGCUGAGGUUGAUCCGACCAAACCUGUAUUUGUUGGUGACUUCCCCCCAGCAGUGCGAGAUGAACAAGCGAGUAUUUUGCUGAAUCGUCUUCCUGGUUAUGUGCGAAUAUCUGGUGGGAUAGACCGUGCAACUUCCCUUACUUGGAUUAUCUGUCAAAAUAAGAUUUUCAUCUGGAAUUACUUAUCUCCUGCAACUUCUAAAAAGUGCAUUGCUCUUAAUAUUCCUACUAUCCUAUCUGAAGUUGGAGAUAAUAACAGAAAAGUAUAUGAUAGAUCCGAUUGGUUAGUCUGUGUUGUUAGCUGGGAUGGCACACACCACCGAAACAACAAUGUUACACAACAUUGCAACUCAGUCGGUAUCGUCAUGUGUAGCAAAAGAAGUCGAGCAGUUGUAUACUGGCCAGAGAUCUUCUCUGAUUCUGAAACUGAUCCAAUUACCAGUUUUGCUUCCUCCGAUGAGCUGGAUGGUUCUCCUGUUGAUGACAAGACUAGUGCGGAUAGCCUACAACGGCAUGGUAGGCUUGGAAAUGUUUCACCUGGAUAUGGCAUUUUCAACUCCUUAAUCGCUACUUCUAUUCCUGACAGCGGAAAAAAGUGUGUCGCCCUUGCGUGUAGUUCCAGCGGUGAGCUUUGGCAGUUUCAUUGUGGUCCAUAUGUAAUAAAUCGGAAAUUGAUAUAUAAGGAAACGGGCAGUUCUUUUUCGCAAGGCAAUGAUAUUGGCCAUAGUAUGGGCAGGAAGGUUGCUUUGAGAUCACUCGGAUGGCGUUCUCCCUCUGUUUCCUUGAAAGGAUCUUCUCAACAAUUCUUCCUGCUGACAGAUCAUGAAAUACGUUGCUUCAACCUUGAACUUGAUUUGGAAGUCUCAAACCUCUGGUCUCAGGAGAUUGUUGGGAAUGAUGGUGAUCUGGGUAUUAAGAAGGAUUUGGCUGGUCAAAAGAGAAUAUGGCCUCUGGAUUUGCAGGUAGACGAUGGUGGAAAAGUGAUCACUAUUCUUGUUGCAAUUUUCUGUAAGGAUAGGGUUAGCGGGUCAAGCUACACGCAGUAUUCUCUGCUGACCAUGCAAUACAAAUCUGGAGUAGAUGUGCCUUCGGGAGCUGUAGAGCCAUCGCACGAACGGAUUUUGGAGAAGAAGGCUCCUCUUCAAGUGAUAAUCCCCAAAGCAAGAGUUGAAGAUGACGACUUCUUAUUUUCAAUGAGGCUGCGGGUAGGGGGCAGGCCCUCAGGAUCUGCAGUUAUACUUUCUGGUGAUGGAACAGCAACUGUCUCCCAUUAUUACAGGAACUCCACCCGGCUGUAUCAAUUCGACCUGCCUCAUGAUGCUGGAAAAGUUUUGGAUGCUUCAGUUCUUCCAUCUACAGAUGAUUGUGAAGAAGGUGCUUGGAUUGUUUUAACUGAAAAGGCGGGAAUGUGGGCAAUACCUGAAAAGGCCGUCAUACUUGGUGGAAUAGAACCACCAGAGCGAAGUUUGUCACGGAAAGGGAGCUCAAAUGAAGGAUCUACAGAAGAAGAGGGAAGAAAUCUUACUUUUGUUGGCAAUGUUGCUCCAAGAAGAGCUAGUUCUGAGGCUUGGAAUGCUGGGGAUCGACAAAGAGCUGUUAUGACUGGCAUAGCACGCCGAACCGCUCAGGAUGAAGAAGCAGAAGCCUUGCUUGGUCAUCUUUUUAAUGACUUCCUGAUGUCUGGGAAAGUUGAUGGCUCACUGGAGAAACUCCGAAAUGCCGGGGCAUUUGAAAGGGAAGGAGAGACAAAUGUUUUUGUGAGAGCUAGCAAAUGCAUUGUUGAUACCUUAGCUAAACACUGGACAACAACCAGAGGUGUUGAGAUGGUGGCCACGGCAGUUGUCUCUACGCAACUUAUGGAUAAGCAGCAAAAGCAUCAGAAGUUUCUUCAAUUUCUUGCUCUGUCCAAAUGUCAUGACGAACUGUGUGCCAGACAGAGAAAUUCGCUCCAGAUUAUUUUGGAACAUGGUGAAAAGCUGGCUGGCAUAAUUCAACUGAGGGAACUGCAGAACAGGAUAAGCCAGAACCGUUCUAGUGGAGUUGGCUCACCUUUUCCUGGAUCAGAGAGUGAUGCUUCAGGUGCUCUUUGGGAUCUGAUUCAAUUGGUUGGGGAGAGAGCCCGUAGAAAUACUGUUCUUCUGAUGGACAGAGAAAAUGCAGAAGUAUUCUACAGUAGGGUUUCUGAGCUUCAAGAAGUUUUUUAUUGCUUGGAGAAACAACUAGACUUUUUGGUCAAUGUAGAUCUGCCACUCGAGAUUCAGAUCCAAAGGGCUUUUCAACUCUCAAAUGCUUGUGUCACAAUAGUUCGAACUGCCAUACAAUUCAGAAGUGAUACUCAGUUCUGGUAUCCACCACCAGAAGGCUUAACACCUUGGUAUUGUGAGCCUGUGGUUCGUAAUGGGCUGUGGGGCAUUGCCUCGUGCAUGCUUCAUCUGUUGAAUGAAGUGACAACGAGGGUGGAAUCCUCUGUAAAAUCAGAAAUCUUCACUCACCUGCAGAUGCUGACCGAAGUUCUACUUGAGGCUUAUGCUGGGGCUAUCACUGCAAAAGUUGAGCGUGGAGAGGAGCAGAGAGGCCUGUUAGAGGAGUAUUGGAACAGGAGGGAUACCCUUCUUGAUUCUCUUUACGAACAAAUGAAAAACUUAGCAGCAGCAAGGCAAAAGGACCUUAAUGAAGGAAAUGGACAGGAGAAUGAGAACUUUCAAAAUCUCUCAGCACAAUUGCUGGGUGUAGCAAAAAGGCAUGAAGGUUAUAAGACUCUGUGGAGCAUAUGUCGUGACCUCAAUGACUUUGGCCUACUUAAAAAUCUCAUGCGCGACAGCAUGGGACCAAAAGGAGGGUUUAGUUAUUUUGUCUUUGAACAACUAUACGAGAGAAAGGAAUUUUCAAAGCUUUUAAGACUUGGGGAAGAGUUUCCAGAAGAGUUGUCAAUUUUUCUCCAGCAAUAUCAUGAUCUCUGCUGGCUACAUGAAGUGUUUCUUCAUCAGUUCUCGUCAGCUUCAGAUACGCUUCAUGGAUUGGCUCUUUCUCAAGAUGGGGGAAGUAUUUCGGUAGCUGAAGAUGGGGUUGAACCAAGGGAUUUGAAUCUGGCACUGUCCGAUAGAAAACGUUUUCUGAAUCUCUCAAAGAUAGCUGCUUUAGCAGGUAAUGAUCCUGAUGCUGAGAUAAAGAUGAAACGCAUUGAGGCUGAUUUGAGAAUUCUGAAGUUGCAGGAAGAGAUUAUGGACCUCGAUAUCGAAGCGAAGCAAAACAUUCAGCAGCAGCUUCUCCCCCCCGGUGAUCUGAUCAAGUGGUGCCUUAAAAGCGGUAGCGCAGAGCUUAUCCUGCGUGCUUUUGAUAUAUUUGCAUGGACCAGCUCCUCUUUUCGCAGGUUUCACAAAAGCCUUUUGGAGGAGUGCUGGAAAAGCGCUGCCGAUCAGGACGACUGGGGAAAACUUCAUCAAGCAUCGACCAUCGAAGGCUGGAGUGAUGAGGAGACAUUGCGUGUCCUUAGAGAUACUGUGCUUUUCCAGGCUUCAAGCCGGUGCUACGGGCCCGAGGCAGAAACUUUUGAAGAAGGGUUUGAGGAAGUGCUGCCAUUGAGGCAAGAAAAUAUGGAGCCAUCUGUUCUAAAGGAGCCGGUGUCUUCUGUGGAAGCAAUAUUGAUGCAGCACAAGUAUUUUCCAGAUGCAGGAAAACUUAUGCUGAUGGCAAUUGAGUUGGGCAGUGUUCGGAGCGGUAUUGACUGUGAAGAGGGUCCUUCGCCCGUGGAGUGAUAACUGUCAGACCAACUGAUAUUACCUGUCCUGCUUAUAUCCUUGUACAUUGCAAAUGAUUCUCAUGUUCUCAUGGCACGAUCAUCCAGGCAUCCGCGUUUGUUUUUCGAGGUUUUUGAGAACUGUUGAAGCAGAUGUGGUGCAACUUAACAUCUAAUUGAGCUUUAGCAGAUGAGUCGUGUGUUAUCUGCAAACUGCAGUGGAAUG